UUUUUUGUGUGUCAUCACGAAAUAAUUAAAAAGAAUCACUGACUCACUUUCAGAAUUUGCUUUGCACUUAUAAGUUGUUCUCAUUCUUUCGUCUUGUUCAUUCAUUGCCCGACUUUCUAAGCUGUCGUUGUUGGUACAUUACAUCGAGUUCUAACACCUGCGAAGGUCGGUGCUGCAUAUAACUACCCACAGACUUGUUGUUGCUGUGUUACUAGCACAACAUCUCUAGGCAAAAUGGAGGACGACGACUUGGGAGAGGAGACCGUGUACUGCGGUGAGUGCAGUAAUGAAAUUGAAGGCGAGUACUUCAUCGGACCUCAGGGAACACCGUGGUGUCCGAAUUGCGCCAAGAAAGCUGCAGGAAAAUGUGGUAUUUGCAAAGAGUCUCUUCUUGGGGCUGAAGAGGUUCUGCACGUCGGAAAUGAUGCUUACCACAAGGCCUGCUUCAAGUGCUCCAUGUGCGGUAUGAACAUUCUGGGUGAGUUCAAACGAAAGAGAAACGCAGUGGCGGAUAAGAAAAAGCGGAAGGAGGUACUCCUACUUUUUUACUUACAACAAGAAUACGUCGGUCUUGUUACCAAAACCUUUCCAUGUUGCUAGUAGCAGUAGCAGAUGCUUACUCGUUGUUCGUAUCCGUACUUACUAGGCAGAUUUCUAUCUUGCUUAGUUUUACAGCUUUACGACUAUCUUACUAUAUAUAACUAUCCGUUGCCACGACCACGAGCUUUCCAAAUUGCUAUUCCACAUCAUCCGAAAUCAAAAAACUAUGCCAUGAAAACGACAUUCAUUUAAUGAACGCCCACAACCACAUCAGAUGAAAGAUAACGAAUUUUUGUGUAUGGAAUGCUGUCCGCUGUUUGAGGAGUUUGAGGUGCAAGACUUCAAGCAGAAACAAACUGGUCGCGGUCCAAGUCUUGCGGACCUUGGUUCUGGUACGGAACGCGAAUGCUGCGAAUGCCAUGUCAUGUACCACUAUUUGUUUCUAAUGCGUCUAGUAUUUUCCUACUUACUUACCUAUUAAUGACAAUAGUACUUCCAUACUACUUUUUGUUGAAUUUAUUGUUCUUGAACAAGAUUGGCGUUGGGAAUGUGAUCGAAGUUCUAGUUUCUUGCUGCUUGAUAUGCGUGUGCUCCUUGAAAGGACCACUAGGCUGACAAAUUCAUUCCAAGUAGAACUUCGUGCUCAUCUGAUAAAUAAACUCCCACAACUUGUUGUUGUAGUUCAAGCACGAGGAAUCAUCGGUGAUGCCGUCACAAUCCCCUCUUCAUCACAGGUUUAUGGGCGAAUACAAGAAAAAAAAGGACCUGAUCAAGGAUAAGAAAGCGAGAAAGAAAAUGUCCGACGACCAAUACGUGUGUCCAGACUGUGCGCCUAUGUUGGAGGCUACUAUGAUGUGGUAG